AAUCGACAAGAAUAUGUUUGGGGCGUUAAUUAUCAUUCUAAUUGUCAACUUGGCGGCAGCGACGCCUGCAACGCUCGUUCCGCGUCAAAUUGGUGGCAAUCAGUGGGAAGCACGCAACCCACCUUAUGUGCUAAGCAUUCGGCAUCCGGUUGGCACGAGUGUACGACGGGAAUCGGUGCAAGAGACAGAGCCUGGCAACCCGAAGCUCAGCGGCGUUUUUCAGCAAACUUUUGAUAUUGAGGGUGGAAAGCUGCUCGUGAUUUAUAUGGCCGGCCAAAAUGGCUAUUUUGCCAACUAUAGAUAUACUGCAACAGGCAAGCCAAUGGAUAUUCCAUUUGCUAUACUUGGCUUAAGCCCAAACCUGUUGAAAUCAGCAGCCGGCUAAAAAUCAA